UCGAGGGACGACGGAGCGUUUCAUCAGUAGUAAACAUCAGUUGGCGUAAGACGGUCUCGGAUGGCUGUCAUCGUCCCAAGCUUGCUACCACGAUACGUGGUGUGUGAACGAUCAGGCGGCGGUGUGUACACGCUGGCCGCGUGUGCGUUCGCGAUCAUUUCUUGAGAACCUGCACGGGGAUAUUUCGUGCGUGCGUGCGUGGUUGCGUAUGCCGGGAGAAGACUCCUCGUGCUACAGAGUGCUUGGGUCGUCGUUGUUACUCGUGGCAUUGCCCGUCACGUUCAUCGAAAGUGCACACCGUUAUUAGUCUCGCGCUUUCCACUCGACAUCACACCUGCUCCGCCGUGUCCUGGUGUCGUUCACCGAGCCACCUUAUCGCUUCGCCGUUGCAACUUCCUGUUCACCGAGCACCGAGACAAAGGUGGAGACUGAAAUUGGAGGUAACCGCGAGGCUAACAGGUGGAAAAGGGUUGAAGUACGCGAAAUAUCACCACGCGUCACGCAGGGGUGGUGGGUCUAUGGGGGGCUCCGCCCCAGCGGCCCCCCGGCUCCAGUCCAAACGGAAACUGCCGGAACGGUGCCAUUCUGGCGAGGUCCAAGACCGCCCCGCUUCCGGUACCACCGUCCAAACGGAUGAAGAGCCCCUCCAACAUCAUGAGGCAGUCCAGCCUCACCAAGCUUGGUUCCAUGAUCAAUACCGCCGUGAACAAGAGAGCCGGCAAUGGUGACAUACAGUGGUGUUUCUCGCAGGUGAAAGGAACAUUGGAAGAUGAUGUCACCGAAGCUGAUAUAAUCUCGUGCGUUGAAUUUAACCACGAUGGCGAUCUUCUGGCAACAGGAGAUAAAGGUGGACGGGUUGUUAUUUUUCAAAGAGACCCCAUUAGUAAAAACAGUAUACCACGGAGGGGUGAAUACAAUGUAUAUAGCACCUUCCAGAGUCAUGAACCUGAAUUCGAUUACCUGAAAUCACUAGAGAUAGAAGAAAAAAUUAAUAAAAUUAGGUGGCUAAAAAGAAAAAAUCCCGCACAUUUUCUACUUUCCACGAAUGAUAAAACAAUUAAAUUGUGGAAAGUUAGCGAGCGGGAUAAAAGAGUAGAAGGGUACAAUACAAAGGAAGAAAAUGGUUCGAUUCGUGACCCUGCUUGUAUCACUUCUUUAAGGGUACCAUCUAUAAAACCAAUGGAGUUGAUGGUGGAAGCGUCGCCGAGAAGAAUAUUUGCCAAUGCGCACACUUAUCAUAUAAACAGUAUAAGCGUCAACAGUGACCAGGAAACAUACCUCAGUGCUGAUGACCUUAGAAUUAAUCUUUGGCACCUAGAGAUCACAGACCAGAGUUUUAAUAUAGUAGAUAUUAAGCCAACUAAUAUGGAGGAAUUAACAGAAGUUAUAACUGCUGCAGAGUUUCAUCCAGCAGAAUGUAACGUUCUGGUAUAUAGUAGUAGCAAAGGAACAAUUAGACUUUGUGACAUGAGAUCUGCUGCACUUUGCGACCAACACAGUAAACUCUUUGAAGAACAGGAAGAUCCAACCAAUAGAAGUUUUUUCUCUGAAAUAAUCUCGAGUAUAAGUGAUGUAAAACUUAGUCAUUCUGGAAGAUAUAUGAUCAGUAGAGACUACCUCAGUGUGAAAGUGUGGGAUUUGCAAAUGGAAACCAAACCCAUUGAAUGUUACCCUGUACAUGAAUACCUAAGAUCAAAGUUAUGUUCACUGUAUGAGAAUGAUUGCAUCUUUGACAAAUUUGAAUGUUGUUGGAGUGGUAAUGAUUCCGCUAUUAUGACGGGCUCGUACAAUAAUUUCUUCAGAGUAUUUGAUCGUACAACUAAGCGUGAUCUUACACUGGAGGCGGCGCGUGACAUUGCCAAACCAAAAACACUUCUAAAACCGCGUAAGGUCAGUACCGGUGGUAAACGUAAAAAAGAUGAAAUUAGCGUUGACUGCCUGGAUUUUAAUAAGAAAAUACUACAUACCGCAUGGCAUCCAUCUGAAAAUGUAGUAGCCGUUGCUGCUACGAACAACCUCUUCCUAUUCCAAGACAAACUCUAGCACAUCUGUAUGCAAAUUAUUCAACGGUAUAUAUUGACGUGAGCAGGACACGUUGAACUGAAGAAUCCCAGUGGAACAACGGGUGUCUGAAUUACGCUGACGAAAGUCGACUAUUAACGUGUCAAUGGUUGACUGACCGAAAAGUGGUGUACGUAGCGCCGUCCACGCAGCUCGCAUAUUCAUACACACUAUGUAUACACAAACAUACAGAAUUGCACGUAACACCUUGUCGCGCGUAUAUGUGUAUAUAAAUGCAUGCAAGCAGAGGCAUAUGCAUAGCUCGCCAGACUACUAAAGUUCGCUAGUUCAAAUAAAAUUGCACGGGGAUCCAUUGCCCACUAAUAGAAAAAUGUACAGUUCAACCAAAAUACAGACUCGUGUUGGCGGUUAUUAUUUAACUGUUUUUAAUAAAAUAUUAAUAUUUUCGGUUCGUUUGUAUCAUAGAUAUUGUGCUGCCGCACGAAUUAAAACAUUUUUAAUGUAUGCGAUCCUUCUACAAUAUGGAACAAUAUUUAUGAAAAAAGUGUAUCAGUAGAACCAAGCGCAAACAAUUAAAAGUCGCUAGAUGCGGCUUCUGUACUGUCAAUACGUGUGCGUAGUACAUACAUAAAUUUACUUAAUAAAUUAUUUGCAGAAUAAAAAAAAAAUGCCUUAAAACAAGCACAGAAUGAAAAGUAGAAAUGGUCAUAUGUGCCAAUGAAGUUUAUCUAUAUCUUGUUGCAAUUUUAUUCUUAGCUCAGUAUUGUUCUUCGUAAGUUUUCCCGUAUAUUAAAGUCUGCGUUCUCGGUAGAUAGUUAAAUUCAAAAUUAAAAUUUUUGUAUCAUCGAAAACCUAGUUCCUUUGUUUUUAGGAUAAAUGUAUAUUCACAUUUCUUAAUAACAGCUUUUAAUGCUACAAAGUAUACCGGCAGUUACCAUUACAGAGAAAGCGUAGCUUUCGAUACUUUAAAUUAAUCGUUCGUCGUUAUUAUUUAGUACAAAAAAUAAUGUUACACGGUAGGCCUACAUUCUCUUGUUUUUACUUUCUUAAUAAAAUUUGUCAAGUAUACUCCUUUUCACGUGUCAGUUUAAAACAAAUAUUCGCCGAUACGAGUCGAAUUGAGAAAAUACAAAUCGAAUUCCAUAUUCUACUAAAAACUUGAAGGAAACAGUUCAGUAUCGAUAUAUUUGAUACAUUAAGCAAUAAACAGCAUGGGUGCGAAGCACCAUUCGUCGAUUGUCGCUUUCUAAUGAAAAAUUGCUCGGCUAAGAGAUAUGCGGAAACUGUGGUAAUUACAGAGGGAAUACAGAUUUUCUAAUAUUUCUUAUCGAUAACUUAUUAACACGUAUACACUUACAUAUAUAAGCAACGAUUUCGUAUACAGAUAAAAGUAACCUUAAAAAGUGCAUUUGACGAUGGUAAGCUGGGCUUGCAGAGUUUAUAUAAAUUAAAUAUGCGCUGUGUAACAUGUAUAUUAACGGAAUGUAACAGUAACAUUCGUGAAACCUAUAGGGACGAAAUUCGAAUGUAAUAAUAAGAUCGAAACAUACGCGCGGAUUACCGAUUGCGAUCAAGGUGAAUAUAAUUGAAAUUUUUUUAUCGAUAAAUACAACAGCGAAAGUUGUCUCGGCGACACAUAAUACCCUACAUUGGUUACUUGAAUUGUAUGUACAUGAUCGAGAAUUAGAGCUAAUAAUUUUCACGUGUACAAAUAAGGAUUCUUGAUACAAGCUAACAAUCGACUUUCGAGAUUUCCUAACGGUACAUAAGCAAUCAUAUAGUUUUAUAAAAACAAGAAAAAAAUAUAUAUAUGGCCGCUACAUUAAAAGAUUAUUGUAGGAGAUUUACUCGGACUCGCCAAUUGUCCCUGAUUUCAUAUAAAUUCUCUGAAAGAUCUGCUAUAUCGCCAAAAAUAAACGUGAUGUAAAAUUAUGCGCUUUGAUUAGUUCCAACCGAUCAUAUUCUUACUCGAACGAUGUAACGUUUAAGCAUUAAGUUUUAGGUAUCGAAAAUUGAUUAAUUAGGUAUUUUAUUCGUUGGGUUUCAGAGCCAAACAAAUUAUUAUAUGAUAUUAUUACGUUUCUUGCGAUGCAGCUUUCACGCGUCUUAUAAUUUCCUACGAGAAAUAUGCACGCGAGAGUAUAGACAUAACCGAGAACUAUACACGAAUCUCUACUAGAUCGCCGCUAAAGGUAUUCAAUUCCGUAAUUACCAUAUCGGUGCGGAAAAAGUAAAAGAAAAAACCAGCUUCUACGUUUUAUUCACUGCAAUGCACGAAACGUAAUAAUCGGAUACCAAACCAAGACUUAUUACUCAAUAUCUUUGUAACGCGACAUUUAGGCGAUUGUGUACUCACGGAGAAAGAGGGUGAAAAGACACGAAUAAAAAUGCAAAAUCAUAAUCGAUAAGCUGUAACCAUAAUACGUUAUCAAAAAGGAUAUUACGCGCGACGGAACCGCGACAUUCGUUAUCUGUGCUCGAACAAAACAUAGAGUUAUUUUUACAAUAAGUAAUAAUAUUAUUAUCGCUAUUAGUAUUAUUAUUAUUAAUAUUAUUAUAGGGAUUCUGCGUUAUUUGGUUGUUUUGUUAACUGCUAUGCAGGUUCACUAACGGUGAUGACCAUUUGAUCUGUUCGGUUAGUUAGGUAGCAUGAUGUCGAUGGUGUAUAUGUAAUUGAUCGCGAACUAAAACAAUUGUGUUAAGUGGCUAGAAAUAAACCGAUACUUGUCACGCGGUGAAGCGGUUUCAUGAAAGCUAUCACACAGGGUGUCCCGUAAUUCAAGUAAAUGCGAGUGCUUGCUUGUUUACAAAUAAGUUGAAAAGUUUCCAAAAAGUUUCAACUUAUUUUUGAACGAUGAUUCGCUUUUCUGUUUAGUUGUACCGAUCGGGACGCCCAUUAUUCCAAAGGAUUCAAAGUAUACAACAAAGAGCCCAGGGCUCCCGUCGUAUUCUUCAUAGACGUAAAGUUUAUUGGUGACAAGAUCGAUGAAUAAUAACAACAAAUGAUCGAGAAAUGAAUUACAGUGAAACUAAUAUAAUAAUGAAAUCACUUGAAUAGAAUUUGUAUCCGCUUAUUUGAUACAAAGAGUUGGGGAGGGAGCAAGGGCAAAACUGAAGUGUCCCGUGCGUGAUGAAUUCCUCCGGAAGACAUUCUGACUUAGAAAAAAAAUGCCUUACGACGUCGUAUCAUCGCUGCAUCCGUGCAUCGGACAAUCCGAAUUGACGUAAAAGUAUAAAGAAAAAAAAAAAAAGAAGACGAAAAAGAACACUGAGCAGAGUAGUACUUUUGGCACGCAGGACCUGUCUCGUUGUGAUAAUAAACGUCAUUGUAUUACUAGCCGAAUGUUGGAGCUCUAUUUUUAUUAACGUACCACAUACGUAUUAUUAGUCCAUACUUAGCGUUUUUAUAGCAAAUACGUAAGGAGAGUCUUUUUACCUGUCUUGCGUGAGGAACAAAACUAAAUAGAAUUGCGAUAGUUUCGAUCCGCGACACUUUCGCGAGUUGAAUUUUACACGGAUUUUCUUCGUAAUUAUUACAUGGAUUCAUUUCUUCUCGCUGAUGCACGCAAUUAGGUAGAACGAACGAUCACGGUAUCCACCGUCUAAAUGCGGAUAAUCGUGCCAUAAUGCGCUAACGCGUAAAGAUAUCGCUUUUUUUUACUCUCUCCAC